GCCCCCCACCCUCCUCCGGGUGUCAUUCCAAACCUCACAUGGCUCAGAGCUCUGGAUCACAGCUCCUACUCAACAUGUACCUGGCAGAGUCUGUCGGUGACAGUUUUCUGAAGGAGUCCAAGCCGCAGGGAUGGAGGCCGUUCGGCUCGGGGGUCCAGAAGGGCAGCGGGCAGAUCCAGCUAUGGCAGUUUCUCCUGGAGCUUCUGUCUGAUCACUCCAACGCAAACUGCAUCGCCUGGGAAGGGACCAACGGUGAGUUCAAGCUGACGGACCCCGACGAGGUGGCCCGGCGCUGGGGGGAGCGGAAGAGCAAACCCAACAUGAAUUACGACAAGCUGAGCCGAGCCCUGCGCUAUUACUACGACAAGAACAUUAUGGCCAAGGUGCACGGCAAGCGAUACGCCUAUAAGUUUGACUUCCACGGCUUGGCACAGGUGUGCCAGUCCACGCCGGCCACCGAACAGGCCCUCUACAAGUUCCAGGGCAAUCUGCCCCACAUACCCUUCUCCGGCCUGUCCAAGCUCAACCUCAUGACCUCUGGGGUCUCCACGGCUGGCUUUUCCUACUGGCCAGGGACCCCGUCAGCUCUGUACCCCGGCCACGGGCUGCAGUCCCCGCCAGGGGGGUUUGGUUCAGUGUCGGCUCCUCACCUCGGCUCCAUGAACAGCGUCGGGAACAUGAAUACUCAUUACCACUAA